CCUCCAGCACAGCCGCCGCUGCCUGCUCCACACGGACCUCCAGCCCAGGGGGGAGGCUGUUACGCGGCGGUUGCUGGGGUCCUGUCGGUGGCGGGCAAGCGCUGCUUUCCGGCGGCAUUUUUAAGUCGCUGCAGUCGGGGAGAGGACAAGUCGCUCGCUGCCGUUUCUUCCACGGUGCUCCUCGCCCAACUUCAAGGCUGAAUAGGAGUGUGUUGGAGUACCAUUCACUUGUCGGAGAGUGUACCACCAACAACGGUGAACAGUUUGACACUAUACAGGAGAAAGCAGUAUUCCAGCAUCUUCGUUCUAUAAGUCAUCCAAAGGAAGACCAUGUCUCGAAAGAAGUGUAAAGAUGAUAAUAAGGCCCAUGUUUCCAGCUCCUUUGAGUCUGAGGACAUCAGUUUAGAAACAACUGUGCCGACAGAUGAUGUAUCUUCAUCAGAAGAGAGGGAAGCUUCUACCAAAGUCACCAAGCAGCUCAUCGAGAGGAAGGAGCUUCUUCACAACUUACAACUGUUGAAGAUAGAGUUGUCCCAAAAGAAUUUGGUUAUUGACAACCUGAAAGUAGAAUAUCUCACAAAAAUAGAGGAUUUAGAGGAAAGACUGAAUGAUUCUCUUCACCAGAAGAAAUUGCUGCAGGUCCGUUUGGAAAAUCAACUGAAAGUUCAACAGGAUGAUGCCAGAAGACGCCAAGAUCUAAGAAAGCAGGAAAUGGAGACUAUUUUAGAAAGGCAGAAACAUCUUGAACAGACAAACCUGCAGCUGCAGGAACGAGCAGGUGACAUUCGCCGCAGUUUACGAGAUCUAGACCUGACACAAGACCAGUACGCGGAACUAAAGGUUAAACCUGAAGACCAGCUUUCCAUCCCAGAAUACGUAUCCAUAAGAUUUUAUGAAGUGGUCCAUCCAUUGAGAGAAGAUAUUGAGGAGCUGCGACAGAAGAAAACUAGUCUUUGGGAAGAGAGCAACUCUCAGAAAAAUCAGCUGGAUAGCUUGAUAGAGAGCUAUGAAUCUGAAAGGAAAACUCGCUCUGAUCUUGAAGUUCGUUGUCAGCGCCUUGUAUUGGAACUAGCAGAUAACAAGCAACUUAUUCAGCAAUCAGACUAUAAGAGGGAACAUUAUGAUCGAGUAAAGCAAGAGAGAGAUGCGUUUGACAAGGAGGCUUCAGAGCUCAGGAAAAGACUGGAAUUACUUGAAAUCACACACAAAGCACAAACCAAGGAGAAAAAUGAUUUAUCCAAAGAGGUAGCAGCAAUGCAGCAGUCUAUUAGCUUGCUGCAAAAAGACAAAGAAUACUUGAAUCGCCAAAAUAUGGAACUAAACGUUCGGUGCGCUCAUGAAGAAGAUCGUAUAGAACGCCUCCAAACUCACCUUGAGGAGGCAAAGCGAGCUAGAGAAGAAAUGUAUGAAAAAUAUGUGAUUUCAAGGGACCAUUACAAAAAUGAAUAUGAGGACAAACUUCGACGUGAAUUGGAACACAUUAGAGUAAAAACCGAUCAGGAAAUUGAGCAUCUUCGAUGUGGCUCCAAGGAAAUUUAUGAGAGGGAAAAUAGAAAUUUGAGAGAAGCAAGGGACAAUGCGAUUUCAGAAAAAGACCGAGCAACUGAAGCGGAAAAGGAUGCCCAUGCAAAAUAUGACCAGCUUCUGGAACAGUUUAGGCAGCUACAGGUUAACACAGAUAGCCGUGUAUCUGAACUCAUGAACCAGACAAAAGUAAAAACGUUUGAGGCAGAACGAGCUCAGUUGGUACAAGAGGAAACAGCCAAAAAUUUAAAGCACUGCCAGGUGGAAUGUGAUAAAUACCAGAAGAAACUUGAGGUUUUAACAAAAGAAUUUUACAAACUGCAAGCAUCAGCAGACAAGCAUACCACUGAGCUUCAGACUCAAAACACUGAGCUUCAAGCACGAUUGGUGACCUAUGAGAAACUAGAACAGGAGCUGGAUGGUGUUAUAAUGCAAUCGGCUGAAAUGGAAGAUGAGGAAGAUGCUGAACAUGUCCUUUUCUCUUAUGGUUAUGGUGCUAACAUUCCCACAACAGCAAAACGGCGCCUGAAACAGAGUGUUCAUCUUGCAAGAAGAUUGUUACAGAUGGAAAGGCAAAAUUCACUGCUUCGAAAAGACCUCGAACGACACAAACUCUCUGCCGACGAAUUAUCUCAGGAGCUUACAAAUGCAAAGUCUUUACUUGGUCAAGCUCAACAGCCUUACAGUUAUCUUAUUGAGACUGUUCGUCAGAGAGACGGUCUGAUCCAGACAUACAAACAACAGGUUUCACAACUUGAGAAUGAAGUCUGUCAGUUAAAAAAAGAAAAGGCAGCUUUACUUCGCCUGAAGAACCAAAUGGCAGCAGAUCUAGAGAGACUCUUGAAUCAGCGGGAGGAAUUGGCAGUAAUGAAACAAGUUCUGAUAACUUUGCGCAACAAGCAGAGUAAUGGUGGUUUGCCAAGUUCUCAGCAUGAAGGCAAAGUCAUUCCUGUUGCCUCAACGUCUAAAUUGUCUCGCGGCAUUCCCCCAGAAGAGGAAGAAAACAUCUACAAACCAAAACCAACAGUUUUUACAAACAGAGAAUGUCCAGCCUGGUACACAAAGCUGAAGCAGAAGAGUACCUGAUCUUUUCAUGUACUGUUUAAAGAAUUAAAGAAUGUACACUU